AUGCCUCCCCCACGGCAGUGGAUAUCCCAACAAGACCCUUUAAUACAUGACCCCAAUGCAGAGGAUAGGGUUCUACAUCAGGUCUCUGGACCAAAGCAAGGGCCAGCGCUGUCGACCACUGCUUCCUCGGCGUCUCAUAAAACAUCCCGAAACUUAGGGGAAUUAGAGAGCGAAUUCACUGCAGCAAACGUUCGAAAAAAUGAAGGCGAGGCUGCUAACUACGGCAUUUACUACGAUGACUCCAAAUAUGACUACAUGCAACAUCUACGAGAGCUAGGCACUGGUGGUGGAAACUCAUAUUUUGUCGAGGCUGCCACAAGUAAAGGAAAGGGAAAGGGAAAAACAGUUAAACUCGAAGAUGCGUUGCGAGAUGUUUCUAUUGAUGAUUCCCACAGCGAAGUGGGAGGGGCUGCUGCAAGCGUUUAUGGUUCUGAAUAUACCCGUUCGACGGCAUCAUCUUACAUAAAAAAGCCGACGUACCAGGACCAACAGAAUGUGCCAGAUGCAAUUGCCGGGUUUCAGCCAAACAUGGACCCCCGUCUUCGAGAGGCGUUGGAGGCUCUUGAUGAUGAAGCUUUCGUGGAUGAUGAAGAUGAUCAGGACAUAUUUGGUGAACUUACGCGCAAUGCCGAAGAGGUGGCUCCUGAAGAAUUUGAAGAUACAUUAUUCGACCAAGAAGAUGAUGAUGGCUGGGAGUCGGAUGUCACGGAAAAGGCCUUUCCUCAAUCUACAGAGGCAAAGAAAGCAGAUCGCGAAGAACAUGUUGCUCAAGAACAUGAUCCGUCUGAAAUGCCAGAUCACAAUAAGCCAGUUCCUGACAUAGCACCAGAAAACUCUGAUUGGAUGCGCGAGUUCUCAAAGUUCAAGAAGGACGCUAAGGCCUCGAAUACCCCAGCUGCGAAACCCGAGGGCGAUGGAGCCACUGAAAGACACACAACCGCGUCCACGAUGUUUACAGCUGGAGGCACUCCAAUCCGUAGAAAGAAGCGCAAGGGAGCAAUGACAAAUCCCUCUGCAUAUUCUAUGACAUCAUCUUCACUUGCGAGAACGGAGGGACUACGACUGUUGGACGACCGGUUCGAGAAAGUCGAAGCUCUUUAUGCUCUUGACGAAGAAGGUGAAUACGACGACGCCAGCUUUGCUGAUGGCGCUUCUAUGGUCAGUGGCAUGACAGGGAUGACCGGAAUGACUGGCAUGUCUGCCGCGUCCUCCCAAGCGCCCAGUCUAGUUUCGAGAGGAGAUUACGGUGACGUUCCUCUACGGAGUGAUUUUGAUAACGUCAUGGACGAUUUCUUGUCUGGCUGGCAAGAUCGAAGCAAGCAAGCGAAGCGUAAGGGUGCCAAAGCCAAGAGAGGCAAAAAUGGCAAUGAGGCUUUGGGUAUUGCAAUGCUGGAUGAAGUCAGGCAGGGUUUGGGACCUGCUCGUUUGUCUGCUCGCGGAAAAGUAUAG